UAUGCUUAAUGUCUCUUAAUGUCUCUGACAAUAAUCAUUCAUCCAUCCAUGAUCUUUAAGUAAAAUUGUUCGAUAAGAAAGACGAAAAGAAGAUGACGACAGCAGUCGAGAUGGCUUCACAUUCUCAGGUUUUAGUGGAAGAUAAAUCUAGUCUUAGAAUCUUGACACUAAACAGACCAAAGCAAAUGAAUUCUCUGUGCUCCAACAUGAUCACUCGGUUGCUACAAUUGUUCCUUGCAUAUGAGGAGGACCCUAAUGUGAAACUCCUCAUCCUAAAGGGUCAGGGAAAAGCCUUUUGUGCUGGUGGCGAUGUUCGACCUGUUAUUUGUGACAUCGUACAAGCAUUUGGAUCAUCUAUUUCUGCGGCGGCGACGGAUGACGCCUGCGUUUCCUUUCUAUCGUCUGAAACGGCCGGAGUAAUGGAUUCGUCAUUAUUCCAAUUUAAUAUGAUCGCCCACCACAGACCCUUCGAUGCGCCGUUCCUAUCUCCUGAGCGAUGAAGAUCUGUAUAAAUACGUAAGUACUUCUUCUUAUCUCCAUCUCAUACCCUUUCUAUCUCUUGAGAAAAUUUGAUUCGUGUUAUUAUGGCUAUUUUGAGAAUCUUCUUCUCUGACUUGAAGUCCGGCAACUGCUCUUUCGUCGUCGAGGCAAGGCUGCUGCGAUAUUGGGAGGCGAGGAACGUCAAACGCGGUGGUGAGCUGAUGUGGAUCGAUAUGCUGCUUAUGGACGUCAAUUCGACUAUAAUGCAAGCUACUAUCAACGCUAACCGGGUUUCAAAAUUCCGAGAGAGGCUCCCCACAGGAUCGAUGUAUUCUGUCUCCGGCUUCGACGUUGCUCGGUGUGCUCAGAACUUCCACCUUGCAGACUCCCCCUUGAUGAUCCGGUUUAAUGAUUCAACUGACUUUGACGUGUUAGUCAAUCCGGUCUCACCGUUACCGGAAGAGGGAUUCCGGUUUUGUAAUCAAACCGAGUUGGUCGGAUUAGCCAACACGAACUCUCAUCUUCCUGAUGUCAUUGGUGAGAUCACGGCCGUGAAGAGCACCGUGUGUGAGCCUCCGGAGGAUAAAAACCGUGUCAUGGUGACCGUUAGAUUGGAAAAUGAUGUGUCUGUUACUCUUAGCCUGUUCGACGCUCAAGCUGUUUCGUUUCACCAAAAGCUUGAAGGCAUGCGUGUUGAUCGUAAAGUGAUUGUUGCCACGAACAUAAAUCCGUAGAUGGUUGGAGGUCGUUUGUUCCUCAACGCAACAUCGGGAACGCAUGUUUAUUAUGAUAAGGAAACUAAUGCAGGAGAAUCUUUCUUCUACAGAUUGGUGGCUAGGGACACUGGUCUUCCAUCUGCUGCACCCCUGCUAAGGUCAUAUGGAAAGGUUUAGCCCAUGACAAUUGCUGAGCUAAAUGAUUUUAUCAUCACUGCCCCCUCUCAGGACAUCGACUUUUUAUGCACCGGGAGAGUCUCGCGUGUUGAAACAGACAAUGGGUGGUGUUACGUUGCAUGCUCUAAGUGCAGUAAGAAGUUGCAGAGAUCUGUCUCUUCGUUCGAGUGCGUGCGUUGCAGUAAUCCUAAUGCAAUCGGGUCUCUGCGCUAUCGUGUUGAGAUGGUUAUAGCGGAUGAUACUGCCGAAGGGACAUUCGUUUGUUUCGAUGGUGUAAUGACAAAGCUACACAAUCUCAUGGCAAGUGAGGCUGUUCAAUUGUUGGCUGAAGAAGGGGUGAAUCCUGAGGACUCUAUGAUGCCCCCGUUUGUUGCAGCUAUGGAAGUCAAGACUUACACCUUUCAAGUUCGAGUCACAUCGUACAACUUCACCGUCAAUCAUAAGUCAUUCACCGUCAAUCAUAAGUCAUUCACCGUGUCUCGCAUCAUCAAUGAGAUUGACCGUGUGCCAGCCCCUGACUUUGUCGAUAACGGAGGUGAUGACAAUGAUGAUGACGAUGCACCAGAUAGCACAGUAAGUCACGGAGAAUUUGCUCCCGGCAAGGACGGUUGUGAUACAUCAAAGAGUGCUGGAAAGGAACAAGUCGGUAAUGCGCGUAAGGAGGCGCGUGUUGAAAAAGAUGGAGUAUCAGUAGUUAUCUUUUCAUGUUUUGUGUUUUAAUAACGUUUUCGCAUUCUACUUCUUUUCCCGAAUUAUCUAUCUAUGUUAUGGAUAUCUUCUGUUUACGUUUCCUUGCUUUUACUUUGUGGAUUUUAUGAAUAUUUCGUUAUGGACCA